AUGUCCUCGACGUCCAAACAGACCGAGGACGAUCUUCUUGCCGAGGAAGUCGGAGACGAGGCUGAAGAAGACAAGGAAUCGCUUACUGACGAACGCAACGCUGUCCUUCCACACUCCUCACAACAACUCAAGAAUCAAACCGCCGCUUCUUCGGAGGAAAUUAGCUUACUCACCAACGCAAUCCUAGGCUUAACAAAAAGCCUACCAGAUCUUCCAACUCCACCUCAUGGAGAGACAAAAGGCAAAGGGAAACGGCCGGCGAGCAAGUCUCCAAACACCGUUCCCGCCAAAAAGGCAAAAGACAAAGAUGGCGAGGCGGGAAGCUCCAUGAGCGCCUCCGACCAGUCAACUGACUGCGAGAUUCUCUACGACUCUGUGCUAAAUAGCAAAAAUGAUGAGUCAGAGCAAAAUACCACUCGUAGUGGUGAUGAGGACGAUUUCCUCUCGGAACUCGUAAAAGAAUACGAGUCUGACGAUACCGUGGGCGAAAGCCUCGAAAAUGAGAAACUAGCCAAGCUAGUUGACAAAAUGUUCCGCUGCAAAUUAAGCGAGAAAAAUCUCAAAGACCGGCUUGAGACGCAGGAGAGACCGGCUAAUUGUACUACAGCUAAGCCUCCCAGGGUAAACCCGGGCAUUUGGCGUCGAUUGAGAGAGCCUACAAAGAAGAGGGAUUUACAAUUUUACAAAAUACAACAAGCCCUCACAAAAGGCAUCCUGCCAGUUGUCCGAAUAACAGACAAGCUUAUGCAGGCGAAAUCACUUAAUGCUGAAGAAUUUCAAGACUUAAAGAAACUGGGGCUGGAGGCCAUGUCCCUCCUCACUCAUGCCUCUUAUGAAAUAAACAUGCAGCGGCGUCUACUUCUGAGACCAGAUAUUGGGAAGGAAUACUCAGCUCUCUGCUCCUCCCAAUUGCCAUUUACAGAUUUUCUCUUUGGAGAUGAUCUACAAAAUUCGAAUUUGAAUUCCUGCCUUAUUGCAGGUACUCUGCCUGUCAAUUCACCACCACUGAGUGAGUACUCUCACGGCUCCAUUCGACGAUAUAUCGUCAUCAAUGUGCUAUGGAGGCAAGACCAAGAAACAUCACUUUGA